AGCAGCCCGUGGGAGAGCGGUUGAGCGGGAGCGAACCAGCUGCAGCUGCAAGAGCUGGCGGUCGACGGCGUCGCGCAGAGGAUUAUCAGUGGUGUAGUUCGCCGGUUUGUGCGCCGCUAUUAUACCUGCGACUUUACGGCGCUGUAACCGGCUUCCUGUAGGCAGAGAGCGGCGAGAUCUGCGGUCCACAGCAGGAAACAUGGGAGACUACGUACCCGGCCGGCCCCUUCGUAACUUAGCAAUGGCCGUGGCCGGUGUGUUCGGCUACGCGCUGCUGCUGCUGAUCCAGUACUGCGUGCUGGCGCACAUUACGGCCAAGAGCUGGCUGCGCAAGUGGCGCCACCGGAUUGAGCACGCGGCAGUCAAUUCGGCCACGGGCUACGCUGCCGUGGUGGUCAUCAAGGAGCGGACACACAAGCUCGCCGACAAGCCCCGGCACGUGGCCCUGCUCUUUCUCGAAGAGCAGAUCGACCUUGAGGCUGUGGCCAAGGUCAUCCUCUGGUGCCUGGCGCUGGGAGUCGAGUCGGCGUCCGCCUACGAUAUGAACGGAACCUUGCUGCACAAGUUGGACAGGCUCAAGGAAAUCAUGAAGAACACGCUCGUAGAUGCCCGCUACAAGAAAAGCGCCGUCGAGUUCGUCGUGGCAAGACCUGAAGGCGAGGCGGACGACCACGAGCGCAGCGCAGGCGGCGAGGAAGAGUUCACGGGCCUGCCCGUGUACGUGGUGACGCCGGUCGACGGCAAGGGCGGCCUCGUCGCGGCAUUCAGGAAAAUCUGCGACCACUAUAAGCUCGGCACCAUCGACGACAAAGACGUCACGCCGGAGACGCUAGACAAAUACAUCAAGGCCGAGUACAGGGGAAUGCCGGAGCCGCAGCUCGCCAUGCGUUUCGGAGGGUGGGGUUCCGUUCUGGGCUACCCGGCGUGGCACAUCAACUACAGCGAAAUACUGGACCUGGGUAGCCACAGGAACGUACUACUGUCCGAGUUCAUUGAAACCUUGGAAACGUACAACAAAAUAGAGAAGCGUUUUGGCAAGUGAACAAGAGUUGUCGUCUCCUGGUCACUUAGGCAACAGCCAGCGUAUUCCGUCAUGUUGUUUCUAAUGGCUCCAAGAGGCAGCGCGACGAAAUUACCCGGCGGUGACGUUACGAUACGUGUCCAGGAAACGGCCCUUGAUGCACCGACACUCGAAGUGUCAACACCGAGAAGUCGAUAGAUCCACCUGCCAACACUGCAUCAUGCCAUUGCAUCUCAUCUGACCACAGCGUCUAUCAUUACUGCAGCUGGAAGCUAAUGUGUUUGAAAAAAGACAAUAAAUAAACAAGGUGAAGGACAA